AUGGCAGUUCCAGUCAUUGAUUUCUCAAAGCUGAAUGGUGAAGGAAGGGCCAAAACUAUGGCACUGAUUGCUAAUGGCUGUGAAGAAUGGGGAUUCUUCCAGUUGAUCAAUCAUGGCAUUUCUGAGGAACUUCUUGAAAGGGUGAAGAAGGUUACCUCUGAGUUCUAUAAGCUGGAAAGAGAGGAGAAUUUUAAGAACUCUGCAACAGUUACGCUUCUGCAUGAUAUAGCUGAAAAGAAAAGCAGUGAAAAAUUGGAGAAUGUGGACUGGGAGGAUGUUAUCACUCUCCUUGAUGAUAAUGAGUGGCCAGAAAAUACACCAAGUUUCAGGGAAACCAUGUCAGAAUAUCGGUCUGAGUUAAAGAAACUGGCGGAGAAACUCACGGAAGUUAUGGAUGAGAAUCUGGGCUUACCAAAAGGAUACAUUAAGAAAGCACUGAAUGGUGGAGAAGGAGACAGUGCUUUCUUUGGCACUAAGGUCAGCCACUACCCACCCUGUCCCUAUCCGGAACUCGUGAACGGACUACGAGCUCACACUGAUGCAGGAGGUGUGAUCCUACUGUUCCAAGAUGAUAAGGCGGGAGGCCUUCAAAUGCUCAAAGAUGGGGAAUGGCUUGAUGUCCAACCUUUGCCAAAUGCCAUUGUGAUCAACACUGGUGAUCAAAUUGAGGUGCUGAGCAAUGGCAGAUACAAAAGUUGUUGGCAUAGGGUUCUGAGCGCUACAGAUGGGAACAGGAGGUCAAUUGCAUCGUUCUAUAACCCGCCACUCAAAGCCACCAUAAGCCCUGCACCACAAUUGGCUGAAAAAGAAAACCAAGUCGAGGAUACUUAUCCUAAAUUUGUUUUCGGUGACUACAUGUCUAUCUAUGCUGAGCAGAAGUUCCUCCCCAAGGAACCAAGGUUUAGAGCUGUUAAAGCCAUUUGA